CCAAUGACACGUCUAUUUAAGUUUAGUUUUUUUUUGGCAGUAUAUCAUUAACGAUUUUGCUCUAAUAGCUUAUUUGCUACUUCCGUUUACAUUCGUAUUCGAUUUGUCUCAAUACGUUAAUACUGUAAAAAAAAAAAAAUGGUUUUUCAUUUGGAUGCUUUGGGUCAGCUGCCUAUACCACUAUAUAUACAGUUGUGUCUUUUUUAUGCGGUGAAAGAUUCUUCAUCAUACACGCUUAUUGAAAAAACGUUGAAAGAUGCCGUCCGGCAACUUUCCUCAAAUUUUCCCUGGAUUGCUGGUGAGGUCGUUAUUGAUGGCGCUUGUGAAGGAUGCUCAGGAACAAGAAAAAUAAAACUUUGCAAUAGUAUUCCAGUUUUUAUAAAUGAUUACAGAGCCAAUCCCGGUUUACCGACAAUGGACGAACUUCGACAAGCAGAAUUUCCUCUCGAUUUGUUAAAGCCGAAUGUCAUAGCACCCUGCAACGGCUUUAUUUUUCCAAAAGCAGGAACCGACUCUUUAGCAUCUUCAAAUCCUGUUUUCUUAGUACAGGCCAAUUUUAUUGUUGGAGGACUUUUGUUGACUGUGGCUGGCCAUCACAGUGCCAUGGAUGCAACUGGACUGGGCGAGGUUAUGCGAUUGCUUUCAAAGGCUUGCCAUAAUGACCCAUUCACAAGUGAAGAGUUAUCGGUUGGUAACCUAGAUCGGCGCAACAUCAUACCCAUAUUCGAUGAAUCUUACAGGCCAGGGAAGGAGCUUUUCCAGCAAAUUAGGCCUUCAUAUCAACCAGGUCAUAAUGUUCGCGAUAAGGGAAAAAGUACACGUAUAAAACCUUCACAAAAUUGCUCAUGGAAAUGUUUUGUAUUCAACCAAAACUCACUCGACGCUUUAAAGCUACAAGCAUAUGCAAGCAAGUUGAACUCUGCAAAUUAUGUUUCAACCGACGAUUCGUUGACUGCCUUUAUUGUCCAAGCGAUUAUACGUUCACGCCUUCCUCGUUUAAAUUCUACAGCUGAUGUGACUAUUUGUCGUAUCGUAAAUGCACGAAAGUACCUUAGCAUCCCUUCCGGUUAUCCGGGUUUUGUGGUGAAUGCGACAUACUAUACCGAUACAGUUGAAAAUUUAGUCAAAGACCACUCCGGUGGUAUUGCGUCGAAACUUCGUUCAGCUUUGAUUCCUGCGGAACUGGUUUAUAGAUCUAGAGCUCUCGCCACGUAUAUAUCUCGCAUACGUGAUAAAAGUGUUAUUUCAUUUGGAGCAAGAAUAAACACCACAGAGGGUAUGGUGGUGAGUUCGUGGGCAAAGGUGAAUUGCUCCGAUCUUGAUUUUAAUUUCAAAUUGGGAAAACCAGAAGCUGUUCGUAUGCCUCAACAAGUACCGAUGGAAGGCCUUAUCUAUUUGUUGCCAAAGGGAUCAAGUGGUGAAAUUGCGGCAGCAAUUUGCUUGAGAGAUGAAGACAUGAAAAAUCUGAAGUCAGACGAGGAAUUCAUUAAGUAUGCGACUUAUUCGGCUUAGUUUAUGGGCAACGGAAGGUUAUUUUAUCGUUAACUCAACUCAACAUUCCAAAUAAAGCAAUUGUUUGAAUUGACGCUUCUUAAGUUGAGCACACAGAUAUAAUUAAAUUAAACUUUUACUUUAAAUGUCUUUGUAGUUCACACCCAAUCUUGAAUCAGAACUUUACUCAUAAAUCAUAGAGUACGAAUUUCGAACCUGAUGCAGUUGCAAGUCAAACCAAUUUGUCCCUAUAAAGCGAAAAAAAUCUCGUUAUUACAAGAAGCAUGUUUUAAAAUAAAUAUACCCUUUGUCAUUAAGGUAUAAACGCGAAUUCAACGUUUACGUCUAAAACAAAAUUUAAUGUGGCAGUGGCAUAUCAAAGACUCGAGUUUUCAAUAUCUUCAGCUGCUUCAAUAUUGAUUAAUAAUGCCCCUAAGAUGAUUUUUUGUCUGAAACUGAUGGCAACACGAUAGAUAUUUGCGGAUAUCUGUUCAUGUUUUUGUACGAUAGAAGUGUCACUAUUUAUAUUACGAUAAUUAAGCAAAAACAAACAAUGUCCGGCAAAUUCGUUUUACCCUCCCGUAUGUAAACAAGCAAACAUUCAUUAAAUAAUCAUAACAAGCAAAAAGAGUCGGU